AUGAAGGCCCAACCGGCGGGCCGACGGUCCCUCGACGCCAGCAGCCCCACAACCACAGGGCAUGGCUUCUACGCGCUCCCCAAGAGAAUCGCGGCACCGGAUGCGACGAAUCGGGAGAAAGAGGAGCUCGAUCGCUCGCCCCCUCCUGUCACCACCAUCGUCAAUCGCCUCCAGGCCCUCAAAUCGACCGUCGUCUCGCCUCAACUCUGCCGCUACAUCGACGUCGUCAAAUCAAAGCAUGAUCGACUGCUGUUCGUAUCGGAGCACUACAGCGGGUCGCUGUCCAAGGAGCUCUUCAUCAAACAUCAUCACACCAAGGGCGGAUUCGAGGAGGAGCUCCUGGGCUCCUACGCCUUCGACAUCCUGCGCGCGUUGGCGCACCUGCACGACGCGGGCGUCACCCAUCGCAACAUCUCCUCGGCCAACGUCCUACUUGACCCGCAGGGCGGCAUAAGGCUGGCCGACUAUGGGCUCCAUUUCUGCACGAGGCCCAGCAAGAAAACGCCAAACUAUUUUGCGCCGGAGCUCAUCGCCACGGGCUUCACCACGCGCACCUCGCACACCUUCUACGAUCAUCCAUCGAGCGACAUCUGGGCCUUUGGCAUUCUCUUCAUCGAGCUCACGCAAGGCCAGCUGCCCUGGCACGAGCUAGGCAAGGAUGUGCGAGCGAUCACGCGUGCGAUUUUGGAUCUCUGUGGUCACGAGGACUCAGAACUCGAGGACGAGGAGGCGCGAGCGGCCCUGGCCGCUGCGUCCACAACACCGCUCCUCUCCUUUGGUAGCAGCGGAUCUCCAGACCUGUAUGCGGCGUCGUAUGAUCCGUUCAAGCGGCAGAACAAGGCGCUCAUGCAGAAACGACACAAACUCAAGCUGGAGGACUGGCUCAAGGAGCGCAAGGGAUUCACUGAGCUCAGUGACGGGCUGAAGGAGAUCCGGAAGCGAUGGCUCAAGAAGCCCUUCCUCAAGUGCAGCCUGCUCAAGGUGGUCGACAUCGACGCCCUUCUCGCAGGCAGCCAAGGCCCGGCCGCCGAAAGUGAAACAGAUGAGGAUGAUGUGGUGUCGACCAAGAAGAAGAACAAGCCGCAGCACCAACAAGACAGCAGCGUGACGGCUGCGGCGACUGUGGUGGAUCCGUUGGGCAAGGAACCGGUGGAGGAGAUCUACCACUUUUGGAAGCUGGCGGGCGGGGACAUCGAGACGGAGCUGGCCUCGGAACUCAGGACGCGGCCGCCCAUCCUCCGGAUCCCUCGCGUCGUGCCCAUCGUCGUGCGCGCGGCCGGCAAGGACGGCGCCGCCGCGACCGACAACGGAGCGACGCCGCCUACGACGGCGGGGGCGGCCGAAGUUGGCAAGCCCAAGCCCAAGCAGAGAGGAGCGCUCGAGCUGCUCUACAAAGACGACAUCAUGCCCAUCUUCUUGCACUCCCUCCCUCACUCGCCGACGCGCGUGGAGGAGUGGAAGCGGGGCAAGGGCAAGUAUGUGCCCAUGGAGCUCCGCGAGAAGGACAUCGACUACCAGCGCCACCGGGUCAAGGUCUUCCGCGAUCUCCUCCAGCGGCUGCUCGACACCGAAGGCCUCAAAGUGGCCAAAGGGCGGCGUAUUGAUCCACGGCGAGAGGCGGUGGUGCGGGACAUCGUGCGGGCGGCGGCGAUCGACAUCCCGCAGGUCCUGCGGGCCGAGGUGUGGACCGUGCUGCUGGGCCUGCACGAAAAGUCUGACGAUGAGCGUUCCUACGACGCGCUGGACAAGGAGGGCGAGGGUCCCGCCGACCGGCAGAUCGAUCUCGACAUCCCGCGGUGCCACCAGUACAACCCGCUGCUCGCCUCGCCCGAGGGCCACCGCAAGCUGCGACGGCUCCUCAAGGCCUGGGUCUUAGCCCAACAGGGCCACCAGGUCUACUGGCAAGGACUGGAUUCGCUGCUGGCGCCGUUCCUGACGCUCAAUUUUGAACGCGAGGCGCGGGCCUACUGGUGCCUCCACUCGCUCACGUCGCGCUACCUCCCCAACUUCUUCCUGCCCGACAACACCAUCCCCCUCCAGGAGCACCUCGCCACCUUCCGCCAGCUCCUCGCCUACCACGACCCGCAGCUGGCGACGCACUUGGCCGAUGUGGGCUUCCAGCCGGACCUGUACUCGAUCUCGUGGUUCCUCACGCUCUUCGCGCACAUCUUCCCGCUCGACCAGGUCUACAAGCUGUGGGACGUGCUGCUGGUCCACUCGCCCGCGCUCACUCACUUCAUCGCCGUCGCCAUCCUGCACCAGCUGCGCACCACCCUCCUCCCGAUGGACUUCAACCACUGCAUCAUCCUCUUCAGCGGCGGCGGCUCCGCCCUCAUGAGCAUUGAUUUGGAGUCGACGGUGCGGCGGGCGCUGGCGGCCUUCCGAGCGACGCCGCCCUCGAUCUACACUCGCAAGCACAUCGAACCUGCGCCCGCCGCGCUCCGGUGGUGGGAGCAGCGCAUGCCCCUCGACGCGCUCGCCAAGCGCAUGGCCCCCUCCCUCUCCCUCGAGGACUUGGUGUCGUUCCGCGAGCCGCCGGUGGUGAUCGACGUGCGCGCGCCGGAGGCCUUUGCGCGCGCCCGGUACCCCGGGUCGGUCAACGUGUCGCCCCGCGUGCUCGAGUUCUCUUCCCUCAACGCCUAUCGCGGCAGACCCGUCGUCGUCAUCGCCGAGAAGGGCGACACCGGCUAUCAGUUCGCCAACCGGUUGGUGCGAGCCUUUUUCCCGUUGGUGUCCACGCUGGCCGGCGGCAUCGACGUGCUCGUCGCCGACGCCACCACUGUGCUCGAGAUUGACUCGUAA